AUGAUAGCUGAAGCUGCGCAAGCGCCGGCCGAGACUGCCAUGUUGCACAAGCUCGUGGUAUUUCGCAUUGGCAUGGGCAAAGGCUUGGGCAUAACGCACAUCGACCACUCCAUCGAUGCGCUGAGGCAACACGAGGUUUGCGCCGCCGAUGUCACGCCAAACGUCUUUCAGUAUAGCCCCAGCGACUUUGGCAUACGCGCAAUGGCCAACGUUGUGCACGAGUGUCGGGACUUUGACAAGUUCCUUAGGCUCAUUGAACAACAAUUCUCUGCCCUCUCUGUCGACGAGAAUGGCUUGGAUGUGCGCGAGCCCGACGUCCAGUUCAAUCCUGCGCACCUUAUUAUUCCCGAUCCUGAUCGUCUAGUUAUCGACUUGGAGGCCUUGAUCGAGUAUUUUCAUCUCGUUAUCUGUGGCUAUUUCGAAUGCCUCUUCUGCGGCUCCCAGCGAAGUAAUAUUCAAGCAGCACAGCAACACAUGAUUGGUAAAGGGCACUGCAAGAUUGACGUUUCGAGCCAAGGGUCUGAGUACAGAGACUUUUACGAGUUUGAGUCCAGCUCUGGCGACGACACCAACAUCGAAUACAAAACGGAGCGCUCCAAAUCCCCUUUUGUCGACAUCGACAAGACGAUGCGUUUGCCAUCAGGAAAGGUGCUGUCGCAUCGCAUGCAAGCCCGGGCUCGAGUGCUCCGACCCGGGGCGCCGGCACAGACAGAAACCGCCACCACUUCCUCAACAUAUAUAUCUACUUCUUCGACGGCCGAGGCAAACGAGGACACAACGCCCCGUUCAAAUCGAGUGGCCAAACGCGAGGCCGUCUCUCAGACCCAACUGGCGACCUUGCGGGACUCUGACCGGAAGAGUCUAAUGCAUUUACCAGUGGCGCAGCAGCGAGCAAUUGUCAUGAGAGGCAAAAAACAGAUAGAACAGGCACGGAGGGAUGAGAACGAGAUGCUGCUCAAAAUACAGUUGAAGGCAAAUAGGUCUCUGAAGAAGUGA